UUUCACACAGCCUGUAGCUUUAAGUCUCUUGCUGGGCUGUCCCCUGCGAACUGCUCAUUCCACAUUCUCGGGGUGGUGGGGUGGGUGGGGUGCCGGCACGCCCUGGGGAGGAUGGCUAUAAGGCACAGGGAUCACGGGGCCCCUGGAGAGCUGAGGGUUUGCUCAGUUCAUCUGUUCACAUGAUUCUGCUGCUCCUGGGUGUCUCGGGGAUCUUGCUGCUUCUGGGGCUUUGGGGGCUGCUCCGGGGCUAUGCCCGGCAUUGCACCCUAGCCCCUCGGUGGCCCCCUGGGCCUCGCCCUCUGCCGUUCCUGGGGAACCUGCAUUUGCUGGGUGUGACCCAACAGGACCGGGCACUGAUGGAGCUCUCAGAACGCUAUGGGCCAGUGUUCACAGUCCACCUGGGAUCUCAGAAGACUGUGGUGCUGUCAGGCUACGAGGUGGUGAGGGAGGCCCUGGUUGGGACCAGGCAUGAACUGGCCGACAGGCCCCCGAUCCCCAUCUUCCAGCUCAUCCAGCAAGGCGGGGGCAUCUUCUUUUCCUCUGGAGCUCACUGGAGGGCGGCUCGCCAGUUCACGGUGCGGACGCUGCACAGCCUGGGGGUGGGACAGCCCCCCAUGGUGGGCAAGGUGCUGCAGGAGCUGGCCUGUCUUAAGAGGCAGCUGGACAGCUAUGGAGGCCAGCCCUUCCCCUUGGCCCUGCUGGGCUGGGCACCCUGCAACAUCACCUUCGGACUCGUCUUUGGCCAGCGCUUUGACUACCAGGACCCUGUGUUUGUGUCCCUGCUGAGUCUCAUUGACCAGGUCAUGGUCCUGUUGGGGUCACCUGGCAUACAGCUAUUCAACACCUUCCCCCGGCUGGGGGCUCUGCUGCGGUUGCACAGGCCUGUCUUGAGCAAGAUCGAGGAGGUGCGCGCCAUCCUGAGAACCCUGCUGAAGGCACGGAGACCACCCUUGCCAAGUGGCGGCCCCAUGCGGAGUUACAUGGAGGCUCUGCUCCAGCAGGGCCAGGAGGAUGACCCUGAGGACAUGUUUGGCGAGGAAAAUGUCCUGGCCUGCACAUUGGACAUGGUCAUGGCUGGAACAGAGACCACAGCAGCCACACUGCAGUGGGCAGUCUUCCUAAUGGUUAAGCACCCGCAUGUGCAGGGCCGUGUGCAGGAGGAGCUGGACCGAGUGUUGGGCCCCGGGCAGCUACCCCGGCCAGAGGACCAGCGAGCGCUGCCGUAUACCAGUGCAGUGCUGCAUGAGACCCAGCGGUACAUCACACUCCUGCCCCAUGUGCCCCGCUGCACAACUGCUGAUAUCCAGCUGGGGGGCUACCUGCUUCCCAAGGGCACCCCUGUGAUCCCUCUGCUGACCUCAGUGCUCCUGGACAAGACGCAAUGGGAGACCCCAAGCCAGUUCAACCCACACCACUUCCUGGAUCUCGACGGGCGGUUCGUGAAGCGGGGCGCCUUCCUGCCUUUCUCCACUGGCCGCCGGGUCUGCGUUGGAAAAAGCCUGGCCAUGAUGGAGCUCUUCCUGCUUUUUGCCGGCCUCCUCCAGCGGUACCAUCUGCUGCCCCCACCCGGCCUCAGCCCCGCAGACCUGGAUCUGCGGCCUGCCCCAGCCUUUACCAUGCGCCCCCCUGCCCAGACCUUGUGUGCAGUGCCUAGAUUCUAG